AUGAAAACUAAUCAUGAUGAUUAUUAUUAUAAUGAUCGAAAUAAAAAAAAUAACAAUAAUUGGUACACUGUAUCACUUCAUCAAACUGUUGAUCAACAUUCAAUUAUUCCAUGGUCAAAUUCACGAACCAAUCGAAAUGAUGCACUGGAUCAAUUAGGUCAACAAUUUACACAAUUUGCUGAAAAUUCUCUAAAAACUUAUGUUGAUCAAUCAGCAUCAGCAUAUUAUAGACCAAUCAUUCAAUUAUCAAUGAAUAAUGUUCAUUGUAGAAAUUUAUUAAAACCAAUCAUAUCGAAAGCAAUGAAUAAACAACCUGCCUUAAAUUCUCUAGUAUCAAUGAUGAUGUUAGAUAAACGAAAACACAAUUCAUUUCAUCACACUGGAUUACGCAAUCAACAUGAUAUAAAAGAUAAUAGGCUAAAGAGAAAUACAGUUCAACAAAACUCUUUGACUGUAGAUAGUAGUAUUCAAUCGAUCAAUAAAAACACACAACCGACAAAACAGAUGAUGGCUUUAUCUAAUAAUAAUAAUAAUAAUCAUGUUCUGUCUGAUAGAACGUCCUCGUUGUUAUUCAAUCCUCGUCAUUUAUCCGUUCCAAAUAUAAAUCAAAGUAGUACAAUUGUAUCAAGUAGAGGAGUAUCAACCAGCACAGUGUCAUCGUUGUCAUUGAAAACAACAACAGCAACAACACCGACAUCAUUGGAUUGUUUGUCGAAAUCCAUUGAAAAUGUAACAACUAUUGACGAUAAAAACACAUUGAGUGGUUCAAAUAUCAGUAUUAUCAAUUCUACUAAACAUUGUUUAAAAUCAUCAUCAUCAUCAUCAUUAGAGAAAUUAAAUACUAAUUCGUUAACUAAUAAACAAACAAAUCAAUUCGUUGAACAGAACAAAUUUCUUAAUACCAAUUCAAAUGGACUUAGUCUUUAUUGUAUAUUGAAUACAAUUGGAAUUGGUAAUUUUUCACAAGUUAAAUUAGCUACACAUAUUUUAACAAAAGAACGUGUUGCAAUCAAAAUAUUAGAUAAGAGCAAGAUGAAUGCAUCAACUAGACGAUUAUUAAGUCAAGAAAUAUCAAUUCUAGAAAGUUUACAUCAUCCAAAUAUUAUUCGACUUUAUGAAGUAAUUGAAACAUUUUCUCAUUUAAAUUUGGUUAUGGAAUAUGUAGCUGGUGGAGAUUUAAAUCAUAGAAUUAUUAAAUAUGGUAAAUUAAGUGAACCAGAAGCAAGAAUUGUUUUUGCUCAAUUAAUUGCGGCGGUGAAUCAUUUACAUGAACGUAAUAUCAUACAUAGAGAUAUUAAAGCCGAAAAUAUUCUAUUCGCAUAUGAUUUUAAACAAAUUAGCCAAACUCCAAUGAAAACAUUGAAAUCUAAAACAACACCCAUCAACAUUAUGAAAGAAAACACUGGCAAACUACAAUCGAAUCAUCAGUCAACAAUAGAACAACAUGAAAAUCGUCGAACUAUUAGUAAAAUGCACAAAUUAUUACAUUUUCAUCAUCGAUCACAUUCAUCGCAUAAAAAUGACAUGUCAACAUCAAAAGUGACCAAUCGUCAACCGCAUCAUCAUUAUUCAUUGAAAAUUGAACGUGAUUCACCAAUAAUAAUGCAUAAUCAAUCACGCAAUAAUACACCAAUUCGAAUAUUGAAUAAAGAUGGCAAGAAAUUGAAUGCCUAUAGUAAUAAGAAACAACAACACCAGUUGCAUAAAUCUAAUUCUAUUGAAAUUGAUGCAAUGGAUGAGAAUUUAAAUGAUUUAUGCCCAGAUUAUUAUCGGGUGAAAUUAGUGGAUUUUGGUUUUAGUAAACUCAUCAAAGAAUCCAAUCAAAAGCUGACCACAUUUUGUGGAUCACCAGCUUACGCUGCACCGGAAUUAUUUGAAUCGAAAUAUUAUCAUGGUGGACCAGUAGAUAUGUGGGCACUUGGUAUCGUGUUAUUUUUCAUGUUAACCGGUCUAUUACCAUUCAAUGGUACAACAGUUGGACAAGUUCGACGUUUAAUCUUAACAAAUUGUGGUUUACAACUCCCGGAUAAUUUAUCACCUGCAGCAAAUGAUUUAUAUCGGAAUUUAACAGCACGUCAACCGGAUCUACGACCCACCGCAUCACAAUUAAUUAAAUAUGCACAAUAUGCCCGGAAAGAUUUAACACCAAUUGAAAUGGUUCUACGUCAACGAACAACUUGGACAAGUUGGUUAACUGGACAAAUAUUUCCAAAAUCAUUGCCACGAUUCAAACAUUGUCCACCGCUUCCUACAAUGCCACAAAUCAAACAAAAUCUUUUAAAUUCAUCUUCAUACGAAUGUAAACUAAAUAAAAAUAACUCAGUUGAUAAAACUGAUUCAUCCAAUAAUCAUUCAAUGACAUUGUCCAAUCACAUUCAAAAUCAACCACCAAUCACUGUAGAUGAUAAUCAAACCAACAUUGGAACAUUGAACGAGAAGGAAUUCAAUGUUCGACAUCCACCAUCACCAUCAUCCUCACCACAACAAACAUUGAACAAUGAUCAAGAUGAUGCUGAAUUAGAAGCAACCAAUUAUUUACUAUCCAAUCUAGGCAUUACCACAGAUGAAAUACAAAAUGCGCAUAAUUAUGCAACACGAUGUGCUGUCACUGGUGCCUAUCGUAUUAUGUUGCAUAGAAUUCAUAGAUCACGACGUCUUAGUCGAUUAGAUCAAACCGGACUAUCGUCAUCAUCAUCAUCAUCAUCAUCAUCUUUAUCAAUAUCAUCAAACAAUAAAGAAAAUUCUCUCAAACCAAUCCCAUUCAAUCCAACACUAUCAACAAUUCCAAGUACUACAAAUAUACAACAAGAUCUCGUGAAUGAUAAACAAAAUUCUUCAAAAUUUCAAACUGCGCCAAUUCCUUCAAAUGUCAAUAAAUUCGAUAACAAUAGGUAUGGUGCAUUAAAACAAAAUCCUCUUCCUACUUCUUCUUCUUCUCCCACUACUUCUACUCCAACGAAAAAAUUACAUCGAAAAUCAUCAACCAGUAGAUUAUGUGAUUUAAUUUAA